AUCUACUUCCGGUUUGCUAACAUGGAGCGGUUUAUUGUGUAAACUCACAUUUGUUUUGCUUCAAUGGCAGGUCUAACUGAGCUGGAAACAUGCUGGGCCAAUAAUUGACUUGUAGUGUGUGCUACAGGUCGGAUGUAACCGGGUCGGCACUGUAUUAUGUUCAAAAAGAUGACAGAAUUUGGUCCAGAUUCCGGGGGGCGCGUUAAGGGAGUGACUGUAGUGAAGCCGAUUGUGUUUGGGAAUGUUGCUCGGUACUUUGGGAAGAAGAGGGAGGAGGAUGGACACACGCACCAGUGGUCUGUGUAUGUGAAGCCUUACAGGAACGAGGAUAUGUCUGCCUAUGUGAAGAAGAUCCAGUUCAAGCUACACGAGAGCUAUGGCAAUCCUUUGAGAGUGGUCACUAAGCCUCCAUAUGAGAUCACAGAGACAGGCUGGGGGGAGUUUGAGAUCAUCGUUAAGAUAUUUUUCAUCGAUCCCAAUGAAAGAGCUGUGACUCUGUACCACCUGUUGAAGCUGUUCCAGUCAGAUUCCAGUGCUAUGCCCAAGAAGACUGUUGUGUCUGAAUUCUAUGAUGAAAUGAUCUUUCAAGAUCCCACAGCCAUGAUGCAGCAGCUGCUGACCACAUCAAGACAGCUCACCCUGGGAGCCUAUAAGCACGAAACAGAGUUUGGUGAGCUGGAGCAGAGGACAAAGGAGAAACUGGAAGCAGCAAAGAAGAGAACAAGUCACGAAAUCACAGAGCUGAAAGACAAACUAAAAGCCAGCAGAGAAAACAUCAACCACCUUAAGGCAGAAAUCCGGAAACUGGAAGAGGAUGGAGAUCACAAAGAGCACUGAGACACACACAGAGGUGUGACUCUCUCGCGAGACUCAGCUUGUAUUGUGUUCCUCCGUUCUCAUCUCUGAGUUCAAGAUUAUGCUUUGUAGCUUGUUUUGUGACUUGUUACUUCUUUUCUGGUUAAAUUAACUCUUUCAUAUACCGUAGGCAGGUUUUACUUGUCACUGAAACCUCCAAAACUUGUUGUUGUUCUGAUAUUUUUUGUUCUAGUUUCCAUUAUGAAUUAAUGUCAUUGUGCCUGUUUUUUUUUCUUGGUGUCUCUUUUUUAUAUCUCAUAUGGCACUUUUUAUAUAAAGUAAAUGUGUUAAUUUGGUGCCCAUCUCUGGGUCUUAUAUUGAAACAUUCUGCUUUGAUAAGCUUGUUCGUGAAAUGAACCAACUUGUUUGUCCACUUGUAAAUACUGAGGUUAAUAGGGACUUGACUUGAGUUUUUAAGUUUCAUUAAGUUAGGUAACUGAUCUAUUAUUAAGAUUCCUUGCAAAGGAAAGGUGACGUUUCCUGUUCUGCUCAGUGCUCAUCUGAUCACAUGGAGAAAAAAAUAAUUUUCUUCUGUUUAGUGACGUUUAGAGACAAACCUUUCACUUAAUAUUGGUAUGAUCAUUUACAAACUUUUAAGCAGAAACACCUCUUUUAAAGAUAAUUACAAGUGUUAUUCACUAUGAUAAGGUUUUCUUUAUUAUGGUUAUUAUUGUAUUAAAAUAAGAGCCCUACCAUGGCUGAAACAGAAACAGUGUUAAUAUGGACAAACCCAAGCAGUGAACACAAUGCUUUUCGAUUUGACCUGCUCUCACAUGAUGUAAUGGAUCUGAUGUAGGCCGUUCACUAUAAUGGUGAGCUGUUUUUAAUGUAGGUGGCGAUGAAAAACUAAAGCCAAUCACAACCCCAAUUCAUAGAAGUUUAUCUUUCACGUUAUACGUGCCGAUAUGAUCCUGUUUGUAUCUGAUCCUCUAGUUUUGUCUGUGAUAUUCUUGUUCUAUGUCAUCUUAGUUACAUACUCUGGUAACUUUAUGUUUAUUCAAGAGUCCUAUAAAUGAUAAGCUCAGUUGGAAAGUUGUCAGCUAGCUUCAAGUGCAUUCUGCAUCUGUCUGACCCUCUGGAAAGAUUAUUUUGAUUUUUCAAUUAAAAUACAAAUAUGGCACAUUU